UAACUUGCUUGUUGGGCCUGUGUUGUGUGGGCUUGGCCAUCUUGUGAAUCUUCAUGUACUGGACUUGAGCUGGAACAACUUCUCAGGGGGCAUUCCUGAUGAGUUGUCAAACAUGUCGAGCUUGGAAGCGCUAAAUUUAUCCCAUAAUGAUCUCAGUGGGAGCAUACCAGCAUCUCCAACAGAGUUGUCAUUUCUGUCCAAGUUUGAUGUCUCUUACAACUUGGCUGGAGAUAUACCAACAGGGGGGCAAUUUUCCACAUUCGCGAAUGAGGAUUUUGUCGGCAAUUCUGCACUCUGCCUUCCUCAGAAUGCUUCCUGCACUUAAGAGGCUCCUUUGUUGAAAACAGGAAAUGAGCAGCAUCGUGGUAUGGAUACUUCCAUGCCUGCAAUGACAUACAUCACCGUGGAGGUGGGAUUUGCUUUUGGGCUUUUGAUGGUCUGGAACACACUGUUCUUCAUAAGGGCGUGGAGGGUUGCAUAUUUUCUGACGAUUGAUAGGUUCUUUGAUAUGAUUCAUGUCAUGACAGUGGUGAAGGUGAACAAGCUCAGAAGAAAAUGGGAGUAUAAAGUUCAUCCUUAAAGAAAGUCAGACACGGCUGUGUGCAGAUGUUAUUUACUUUAUAUGCUGUUUCCUUUUCUCAGUUUACGUUUCUUCCUUGGUCCUUGCUUCUGCUUCAGGUGUCACUAGCUUGUUUGAUUUAGCAGCAGGGCUCCAUGUGAUUAGAUUUUUAGUUUCCCUUAAUGCCGCGGACAAUAUUGUUUGUGAUAUGUGUGAUAUAUUAAAAUUUAAGAACUGUAUGUUGUAUGCUAUCUGAAGACUGGUCGCUGUGUGGAGCAGUAAAAUCUGCUUUCCCCUUUCUCAGUUUGUUUGGGCACCGAUCAAAGAUGAUUCUCGCACUGUUUUUCCCCCUCAAAAUCCCUCUUUCCACUUUCUCUUUACUAUUUCUGGAAUGAUCGGCUUCGAUGGCUCCAAGAAACACAUGAAUCUUUUUUUCUCUCUGUAAAAUUGUACAAGCCUUGAUUUACUCUGUUUUUGACUGUUGUCUUGGCUAAUCCUAUCAUUUUUGAAGGUUACCUCAUUGUAUUUUAGCCAAUGCUAUCGUGUGUCUUGCAUCAAUGUAUCUGUUUGAUUCUGUUUCAGUCUGUCUGUGAUAAAAAUAGAAUUUUUAGCUAUAGUUUUUUCUCUCUAUGGAACAGAGACAGCUGAAUGCCCCGUGUUGCCAUUUUUUUAGUGUAUAUAUCAUAGGAAUAUAUAUUUGCUUGUCGAAUGCUAUUAUUUUGACAAUGGCUUCUUGAGUUGCAGGCUAGCAUUUUCCAGGUGUGCUGGUUGCUUCUACGAAAGAUAUGAGCUGAUGAAUAUUGAAGAUUACAGGGAAUGGUCUGAUUUAACUAAGGGCAUUAUGUUGCAGAGUUACCUGUCCCCAAUCAUGUAAGCUGACUGAUGUCUGAAUAUUCCUUUGUGGGUGGAAGCAACCAGCAAAGAACUUAAUAAACCUGAAGUUCUAACUUAGUGAGUUAAUAAAGUGAUGUAAGCAGUCAACUAAAUAAAUCUGAAGUUCUAACUUAGUGAGUUCGUCUAAUUGGCUAACCCUCUCGAUUCAUCGUUGCUCUCUUAAUACAGAUUGCUUACUUUGCUCAUGCUCAUGUUCCACCAAAGGAUCAUAAUUCGCUAUGAAUCAUGGUUUCAUUGGUAGAUGAUGGAUUGCUUAAAAAAGUGAGGUGGUAAGUAUACGGUUCUUGUUCUUGUAUCAUAUGGAUCUUACAUAAUACUUUAGCCCCAUCCUUGUAUCCAGUAGCUAUAUACAGGAACUUAGAAAUCUGAUAUGACCUGCAUUAAAGCAGCAGAAUAUACUUGUUUACAUGACAAUGCUAAAUUCUCUAAAUUUAACUUCGACACUCUGUUCACUGUUUAAAUUAGCUAGCUAAUGGUGAUAUUUAACUUACACUAUUCAUUUUACUGUUUGGCCCAAAUAAUCCAGGCCUACUGUUACAGUACCUAAAGUAGUAAGUAUUCAGUGCCUCCUAAAAUGCUGCAAGACUUAAACUGGGUAGCUGAGCCAAUUGUUAGGGAAACACAUUGAAAUUACUACAAAGGGAUGACUUAUAUUAAAAUAAUCUAGUUUGACUAAGUGUUUUUAAGAGGGGGUGGGGUAUCAUAUUUGUUAAUCAAAUGAAAACAGGGGCCUGAAGCUGUCAUUAAGUAAAUAAUACGUAGCCCAGGCCAUUGACUUCGAGAACAGAAAUCAAAAAGGUUGGUGUCAAGCAAAGAUUGAUCUGUUUUCCUUUUUUUGGAGUUCUCUUGCGAUUACUAUUUAUCAUCUCCGCGUGUUCUUGGUGCUUUAAUUCACGCAUCUUUGCAAGAGAGGUGUGAGUUCUGCCCAGAACUCUUUUCUGAAGUCCUUCGAAAUUGUUCAUGCCCUUCAGAAACAUUUUCUACUUCUGCCGCAGCCCCCUGCCAAAUAUGGGACUUCAUGCUCCAUGUAGUGACGAUAGGCAGACCCUCCCAAAGUGCUGUAGGACUUGCAUUGGGUCGCUGAGUUAAUUGUUGGGGAAACUCAUGGAAAGUACUAGGAAGGAGUGAUUUGUAUUAAAAAUAAUGUUGUUUGGCUAAGUCAGUUUUCUUUGGGGUGGUGGUGCUAUUCAUAAAUUUUUUAUGACACGGGGACAGAGAACUGAAGCUGUCUUUAUGUGAAGAACACACUGUCCAUUGCCAUUGACUUCGAGAACAGCAACCGAGAAAGUUUGUGGUUAAGCUUCAAACUGAACUAUUUUCGGCCAUCACUUUUGUUCCAGUUAGAGCUCCCAGAGGACCAGACCACCUUCUUGGUUUAUGUCCUUUCAUCAGGCUUUCUGGACAAGGAUGCCGCCAAGCUUUGCAAGAAAGGUGGUACUUUAGCCUGAAAUUCUUCUACAAGUCCUUUCCAAAUUGUUCAUGCCACUCAGAAAUCAGAAUCAUUUUCUAGUUUCGUCACCACCUCUCCCUAAAGAUGGGAGGCUGCUACUGCUUGUUCCCCUGCUUGCUCAUCUGCUUUCUGCUCCACACACAUGGCAGCCACUCCCUGAACCAGACAUGCAACUCCACUGACCUGGAGGCGCUUCUCGCCUUUUCCAGUGGCUUGGAUAGGAAAGGCAGCAGGCUUGUUGGAUGGGCUCCCAACGAUGCAGCGUGCUGUUCCUGGACCGGCGUCUCUUGUGAUCUUGGGAGGGUUGUUGGGCUGGAUCUCUCCAACAAGAACCUUCAUGGCGGCAUCUCCUCCGCGAUCUCCUUGCUUGAUGGCCUUGUUACUCUAAACCUCUCCCACAACUCUCUCGGUGGCCAGCCACCGGAGGAUCUUGGCCAGUUAGCAAGGAUGUGGAUUCUCGACCUCAGCAUGAACGUGCUCUCCGGCGCGUUCCCGACGAGUGAACAUGGCUUCCCGGCGAUUGAGGUGGUGAAUGUAUCCUUCAACCAAUUCAAGGGACCGCACCCUGUGUUCCCCGUCGCGAUGAAUCUGAUGGUUCUUGAUAUCUCGAGCAAUGCGUUCUCUGGUAGCAUCAACACCACGGCACUCUGUGUUGCGCCGGUCAAGGCCCUGCGAUUUUCCAGGAAUGGGUUCAACAGUGAGAUCCUUGCAGGCUUUGGCCGGUGCAGGAUGCUCACUGAGCUCUCUAUUGAUGGCAGUGGCCUCACUGGGAAUCUCCUCAGUGACCUGUACACUUUAUCAGAGUUGAGGAGGCUGAGCUUACGGGAAAAUCAGCUCUCUGGUGGUCUUAGCGAGUACCUGGGUAACUUCUCUCAGCUUAUGCAUAUUGACCUGUCAUAUAACUUGUUCACUGGAGUCAUUCCUGAUGUGUUUGGGGGUUUGAGGAGGCUGGAGUUCUUAAACUUGGCCUCAAAUUCGUUCAGUGGCACAUUGCCUGCUUCCCUGUCGAGCUGCCCAACGCUGAGGGUUAUCAACCUAAGGAACAACUCGCUGUCGGGGGAGAUUGCCAUUGACUUUAACUUACUGUCAAGGCUGAACAUUCUGGAUGUAGCGAUUAACAUGCUGAGUGGUGUUGUACCUCCCAGUCUCAUGUGGUGCACUGAGUUGAAGACGCUGAACCUUGGAUCGAACAAGCUUGAGGGGAAGAUACCAGAGAGUUAUAAGAAUUUGCGGUGCCUGUCACACCUCUCGCUUGUUGACAAUGGCUUCACCAACUUGUCAUCGGCAUUACAAGUCUUGCAAUACCUGCCCAAACUUACGAGCUUGGUGCUCACCAAGAAUUUACGUGGUGGUGAGACCUUGCCAAUGGAUGGCAUCAGUGGGUUCAAGAGCAUCCAGGUGCUUGUCUUGGCAAACUGUGCGCUCUCCGGAAUGAUUCCGCCUGGGCUGGAAAGCUUGGAGAGUCUCAGAGUUCUAGAUCUUUCAUGGAACAAGUUGAAUGGAAAGAUCCCGCUAUGGUUGGGCAAUCUGAAUAAUCUCUUCUUUGUCGAUCUGUCAAACAACUCAUUUAGUGGGGAGCUUCCUGAGAGCUUUACACAGAUAAAGAGUUUAAUUUCAAGUAAUAGUUCGAGUGAGCAUGCAUCAAUAGAGGACUUCCCGUUAUUAUUCAAGAAGAAUUCAGCUGACAAAGGUUUGCAGUACAAACAUGUCAGCAGCUUCCCGCCAUCGCUGAUCCUCUCCAGUAACUUGCUUGUUGGGCCUGUGUUGCGUGGGCUUGGCCAUCUUGUGAAUCUUCAUGUACUGGACUUGAGCUGGAACAACUUCUCAGGGGGCAUUCCUGAUGAGUUGUCAAACAUGUCGAGCUUGGAAGCGCUAAAUUUGUCCCAUAAUGAUCUCAGUGGGAGCAUACCAGCAUCUCUAACGAUGUUGACAUUUCUGUCCAAGUUUGAUGUCUCUUACAACAACUUGGCUGGAGAUAUACCAACAGGAGGGCAAUUUUCCACAUUCGCGAAUGCGGAUUUUGUGGGCAAUUCUGCACUCUGCAUUCUUCGGAAUGCCUCCUGCACUGAAGAGGCUCCAUUUGUGGAAACAGGAAAUGAACAGCAUCGUGGUAUGGAUACUACAAUGACUGUGAUGACAUACAUCCCCGGGGAAGUGGGGUUCGCUUUUGGGCUUUUGAUUGUCUGGAACGUACUGUUCUUCAUAAGGGCUUGGAGGGUUGCAUAUUUUCUGACGAUUGAUAGGUUCUUUGAUAUGAUUUAUGUCAUGACAGUGGUGAAGGUGAACAAGCUCAGAAGAGAAGGGGAGUAUAAAGUUCAUCCUUAAAGAAAGUGUUUUGUGCAGAUGUUCUUUACUUCAUGUGCUGUUUCCUUUUCUGUUUACGGUUUCUUCCUUGGUCCUUGCUUCCGCUUCAGGUGUCACUAGCUUUGUUUGAUUUAGCAGAUCUCCCUGUGGUUAGAUUUUUAGUUUCCCUUCAUGUUGUGGACAACAUUGUUUGUGAUAUGUGUUGAUACAUUAAAAUUUAAGAACUGUAUGUUGGAUGUUAAUCUGAAAACUGGUCGCUGUGUGGAGCAAUAAAAUCUGCUAUCCCCUGUCUCAGUUUGUUUGAGCAUUUUUCAGUUCUGUUUUCGGGUUUUCCCUCCUGAAAUCUCACUUUCCACUUUCUCUCUUUACUAUUUCUGGUUGGCGUCAGUGGCUCCAAGAAACACCUGAUUUUUUUCUCUGUAUAGAAAAUUGUGUAAGCUUUGCUUUACUCUGUUUGUGACUGUUGUCUUGGCCAAUCCUAGCAUUUUUUAAUGUUACCUCAUUAUUUUUUUAGCAAGGCUUUUGGUCCCAGCUGGCAAUUCCUUGAGCCUGCUUAUAGAAUGGGAGAGAGAAGUUUGGGACAAUGCAAUCGUGUCUCUUGCAUCACUGUAUCUGUUUGGUUCUGUUUCAGUCUGUCUGGGACCAACAACAGAGUUUUGAGCAUUAGUUUUCUUUCUAUAUAGAACAGAGGUAGCUGAAUGCCCAGUGUUGUCAUUUUUUUGCGUUUCAGAGAAAUAAAUGUUUGCUUGUCGAGUAUAUUGUUUUGACAAGGGCUUCUUGAGUUUACAGGUUAAGCAUUUUCCAGGUGUGCUGGUUGCAGUAUGCAUAGUUUGGUUGUGCUCAUGUUGCACCAAGGAAUCAUAAUCUAGCUAUGAAUCACGGGUUAAUCACUAGCUGAUGGAUCUGGUUGCAAAGCUUGUAGCAAAGUAAUUAGCUGAGCUGGGCAGGAGACAGCCAUAUCUCAGUUGAGCCUCUUGACAGGUAUUCUUCAUCACACAACUAUUCUGGAUUAACCUGGAUUCGCUCCUCUGACGUGCUGUGAGGCACGUCACAGCUGCAGUGGCUCCUUCGGCCGGACCAGCAGCCCACGAAUGGGGCGGUAAAAAUUGAAAGCCAGGCAGGCCAGUCAUUGCCGUCUGAUGCAAAGUGAACAAAACACAAAACAGAACCAGCAAAUUGAAAGAAACGAGCAGAUUUUACAUCUCUAGCGACUGAUGUGAACUCUCAAAUUUAAACAUGUGAGCUCUAGCGAUUGGUGUGAUAUUCCAUCAGAUGAACAGUGGAGGAGGGCAAAGGUAAACCAAGUAUUGUAGGUUACAAAAUAAAUAAAGAUAUAUAUGAAAAAUGAUAAAUCAAUCUAUGAGUACUGGAGCUUGUUUGUAAGGCCACAAUCUGUGAGUGUGGCUCACCUGAUGUUUGGGUUUCCUUUUGACAAAAUAUGGGGACCUCGUAUGGCAUGAACGGUGAAGUGGCCGGUGGAGCACUUGUCAUUGUCCCAUGGAAGCAUGGAAUUAAUUAACUUCACCUUAUGAAGUUAUG